UUGAGUCGCGAGCAAGCAAAGUGUUAUCGAUACGCGUUUUGAACAAAUAAUAGUCAUUUUUACAGUCGUAUUAUGUUUCUAAUCAAUCUCGUGAACGGUCCUUUACGCUAGCUGGUGCACUUUACCAAACGUAAACAACGCAUUGCUUGAACUGUAGUUUACGACCUUCGUAUCGAUUAGCAUUGUUUGUGGAUUUGGCCCGUGAACACGGCGCUCUAGUAGAGCAGUACACCUUCGUGAAACAGUUUUCCCAUCGCGAGAAUCGAGAAAAAAUGAGAAAAUGUUUGACCGCCCAAGAUGUCGCGACUGGAGUCCGCUGUCGACGCAGCAGCUACGAUUGCGUAGCCUAAUACAGAUUUCUGGCCACAACAUCGUUCUGCCCGAGCUGGGCCCAGGUGAACGCGGUCGCAAAUGUACCGUAUACUAUACGCUUCACCAAACGCCCCAGUCCGCCCCGUUCUACACCAGCGAAAAGCUCGAUCUGCAUCGGAACGUACUGUGGGCGGAAAUCGACUGCCCCGCCACAAUCAAAUCUUCCCUCCGAUGUGUGUGCGUACGUGUAUGGAUGCACAGGAACGAACCCCGUGGCGGAAGUUCGACGGCGGUACACAUUCGCGAUGACCACAACAACGCUUGCGAGCGGUCAGCUGACGAGGCGGGAGACGAUGCUGUUCCAAGCGAAGUGACGAUAAGGACCACGCAGAAAACGGUCGAAAUGGAUGGGAAAUCUGGGCAGGAUCGUGUGCUGUUCGUAUGGGGCGUCUACUUCUCGGGUCUGGUUCCGCUGGUGAGGCGCAGCGAAAAGCGUCUCCAGCCCAACACCCUCGUCUUUCAGAUGCACGGAGGAUUUUUCACCUCCGCCAGCUGCAUCCUGGAGCCGGAAGAACAGAAAAAGCGACCGGGUUUAGCGGAAGAUACACUCAACAUACCAAAAACACCAGCAAAAUUCUCCUCAUCCGGGUCCACGGUGACACCGACGAUACCGAUCGAUACGGCACGCCGUGCAGGAAGAGCCGGUCGUGGGACCGCGGACAAUGUCUUACACUGUGAUACUAGCAAUAAUUCCUCUCCCCUUUCCCCGCACCCCCAGUACGGUUCGUGCUCUCCGCCCAAAAACCAUUGGUAUUUCAUGAACGGCGGUGGCAUGGAAAAGCUCUCCAUAUCGCCGGGAGACGGCACUAGCCGUGCGGGCAGCGAUAGGGCUAGCGGAGAAGUGGUCACUGGCGGGGCACUGUUUCAACCCAUCUUCGGUGCCACCGCCACGCCGACCCGUUGGGCGGAACCGACGGAAACGAAUUUAAAGAUACGCUAUCUGCACAUGGAAUUUCUUACGUCGGAGGUGCUCGAUAGCUACGAUCUCGAACAGCUCCUGGCCGUCCAGGAGCGGCAGCGGCGAAUUCGCUACGAAGCGGACAGUGUCAAGGAGCUUAUCGAUCGCAUCAGCAUGAAGAGUGCCUACUGUCUCAACUUGGAGCUGUUCGAUAGCAGCAAACACAUGCUGGUGUAUCGGACGGUUGCCGAACAUCAGCGGCGAGCGGGUGGCAUGGGAAAGCAGCUGAGUCGGUUGCUGUACCAAGAGCGCGAACCGAUCGAUCCGGUGGCACUGUUGCGCGGACAGGAUCUACGGCGAGACAUUGAGCGGGCUCGGUUUCGAUGUCGGCUGCUGACACAGGAACGGGAUCGAAUAUCGCAAGGCGUGCUGCAGCACUUGCGCAAUAAACUGAACAUGCUGAGCGAUCGGAAUAUUGAACGUGAAUCGGCGCUUAUGGAGCGCUACCGGAACUAUGGGAAAGAGAAGGAACAACUCUACCAGCAGAAGAUGGCCUACGCCAGCCAGAAGGAUAGCGUUCGUGAGGUUUGCGGAAAGGUUCUGAUGGUACGCCAUCGGUUGCUGAAGGAAUUGAAUGGAAUUUACUACAUCAAACCGACGAAUCAAGGCAUCUACACCAUUAACGAUGUGCCGCUGCCGAAUGCUGAAUCCUACACCGACUCAACGCCAGCGCUCGCACUUAGUGUAGCGCUCGGUUUUGUUGCCCACGCUGUGAUGAUGUGUUCCUCCUUUUUAGAUAUUCCACUGCGCAAUCCCAUCAAAUAUGACGGAUCCCGAUCGAAAAUAGUGGAUCACAUUAAACUGCUACCGACGAUGGAUCGAGAGUUUCCACUGCAUUGCCGUUCCGGUCCAGCACCGAAUGCGCUUCUGUACGGGGUGUACCUGUUGAAUCAAAACAUUUCUCAGCUAAAGCAUCAGCUCUCACUGAGCAGAGGUGAUCCGCGGGCGACGCUCGUUAACCUGCAGGACAUUCUCGCCAUUCCGGGCUUUGGAGCUGGUGGCGGAGCUACGUUGAAUCGCGAGCUCGAGGAACCGUUUCAAAUGCUUCCGACGUCGGCGUUCGGAUCAUCGGCCGGUGACUUGAAGAUGUCUCCGGCAUUCAACUCGUUUCCGGGCGUUAGUAGCAGCGGUAGCAGUAGCAGCGGGUCCUUCCUUCGUGAAAGUCCAUCGAACAGCAGGUUUUCCCGCUCGGUUGAUAUCUACACGGACAGGUUUCAGGGCCAGGGACGCCGUCAGCCGAUGGUACAGCAGCGACAAGUGCAAUUUACCCCAGGACAGCAGGCACGAAACUGCGGAAGCAGUGGUGGCAGCGAAAUCAGCGACCAACACCAGCCCCCAACACAACGACGUGGAUGUGAUAGCAAAUUUUCCUCCGAUCCUAUCCUUACGCAGGGUGGCCAUCAGGCCACGCAGCGGCCGUUCGAUUUUGAGGGUGGCAAGAAAUUCUGAACCCUGAAGACGAUAUAAUCAACGCGAACAACGAGACAGGUAUAGGAAUAGUUCCACGCGAAGGCAUUCGGAAGGGUGAUUGCAAGAUACGACAAAUCUCCUUCACUAGCAAAAUGUGAACCUAACUCGUUAAAAAAGCAAAAAUGGUUAACUUUUUCCUUAGUUUUGUUUCCUUGUUUGAGUUUUAGUUUAAUAUUUAUUACCGUUCCUGAUUUCCCUGUUGUUUAGAUGGAAUCCGCAAACUUCUAGUGUGAGUGUGUAAUAACACGUGAUAACGGAACGAUUGAUUCAUUGAGCAUCCAAAAUCUUUAAAGCUAAAAAAGGGUCGUCCAUUUAUGAUUGUACAGUGUUACACUAGGACAGAACCCCUAGCACGGAAACAGUGUGCGAACGUUAUAUUAUGUGCUAGAUAACGUGAGGAAGGGCAUUAAAUGAAAUAAAUUAUUGGACAGAAUGCGACCGA